CGCCCCCUUCAGGCUCGCGCUCGCCUGCAUUAAUUUCCCCACGAACGACAACAACGACGCAGGAGGGAGCUGGAGACGGGGAGAAGUUUGUGGUUCUGUAGAGCCGUGGCCAGAGAAAACAGCAGCUUCAUCGCGCCGCGCGGACUGCCCGAGGGAAGAGAGCAGCUUUGCAGCGGCCAGCCAUUGCCCAGACUGCUUCCUCUCCGGGGAGCUUCACAAACCUUGAAAAAUGUCUUCCGUCAAACGCCUUGUAUAUGCUGUUAUCCAUUUCUUGCGAGAACAGAGUCAGAUGGAUACUUUCUCAUCAGAUGAACAAGAAAGCUUGGAAGUGGCAAUCCAGUGUUUGGAGACAGUCUUCAAAAUUAACCUGGAGGAUUCUCAUCUUGCAGUACCUGUACGCUUGACAGAAAUGUUUGAAGAUUCUUGUCACAAGAAUGAGAUACUGCCUCUCUCAGAUUCUUUGCCAGAAGAUAUUGAGAAAGCUGACCAGUUGAAGGAUGAAGGUAAUAAUCACAUGAAGGAAGAAAAUUAUGGUGCUGCAGUGGAUUGUUACACUCAAGCUAUAGAAUUAGAUCCAAAUAAUGCAGUCUAUUAUUGCAACAGAGCUGCUGCUCAAAGUAAGCUGAACAACUACAGUGAAGCAAUAAAAGACUGCGAAAGAGCAAUUGCAAUUGAUCCAAAAUACAGCAAAGCAUAUGGGAGAAUGGGAUUGGCUCUGACUUCAUUGAACAAAUACCAAGAAGCAAUUAACAGUUACCGAAAAGCACUGGAUCUUGAUCCAGAAAAUGACUCCUAUAAAUCAAAUCUGAAAAUAGCUGAGCAGAAAUUAAGAGACAUGUCCAGUCCUACUGGAACUGGAUUGAGUUUUGAUAUGGCAAGUUUGAUAAACAAUCCUGCCUUCAUUAGCAUGGCAGCAAGUUUAAUGCAAAAUCCUCAAGUUCAACAACUGAUGUCUGGAAUGAUGACAAAUGCUAUAGGAGGCCCUGCUGCUGGUGUUGGUGGCCUCACUGAUCUCUCAAGCCUCAUACACGCGGGACAGCAGUUUGCACAGCAGAUACAGCAGCAGAACCCAGAGCUCAUAGAGCAACUGCGAAACCACAUUCGAAGCAGAUCCUUUAGUGGCAGCACCGAAGAGCAUUCCUGAUUCGAUAGGCAUGUAUUAAAACAUGGUACUACUAACUCCAAAAGGCAUACUGUAGCUAGUAGCAAAUAUCACCAUUGUAAUUCUUCUCAGACAUGAGAUGGGAAAUCCUUUUGUGUGUAUUCCUUAUUGUCUGUUGAAAACAGAUUCAUUGCACACAGAUCUGAACAUAUCAUGUAUGUAUAUUGAUGCCUUUGUAAAUGGAAUAUAAAUAGAACUGGUGACUUAUUAAAAUCUCUAUGUACAAGGGAGCAUUUUCAUAUCAACAAUGGUGUAUUACUUUUCAUUCUCUCUGAGAGAAUAGAUUGCGUCCAUGCACCAAGGUUGUACACUGAAAGAGAGAUUACCAGAGGUGGUGACAAAUGCAAAGGAAUAGUGCUUGAUAGGCCUUGCAAUCCUGCAUAAAAAUUGUGUACAAGAUAUAUUUAAUAGGGCAGUCUCUCUCGCACUGGAGGGCUGCCUCCUCCCCAUGUAAUUCUAGGGGAGACACUAACAGUUUUGCAUGUCACAUUGGCAAUAAACCUAGAGAGGGGCUUGGCUUUUUCCAAAGUGUAGGUCAUCACUUGACUUGGGAUAGUUGAAAAGGAGGAGUAGAGUAAGGGGUCAGCUCGGUGGAGUUACUUCAGGCUGAGAUGUCGGGGCAGGAGAGAAGGAGGAUGGUGGGAGAGUGAGCAGGAACUAGCUGGAACUGAGGCAUGGGCCUUUGUAGGAACUGGAUUCGGAGCAUGAAGCUGUGGCGGGGGUCUCUGGGUAUGAGUAGGAAGUGGCUUGCAGGUUAGAAAGCAUGGGCGACCUGUUAAAUUUUGAAAGGAGGCACUACUUAAACUUUUGAGACACUGGUAUGAGGCAGUUUGUGGGAGCUGUAAACCCUUGGCCUCUUUUCCUACACUGUUCUUAUAAUGGGCCUAACACCGUAACCCAUUAGUGUUAUGAUGAAUGUAUUGACUGACAAGUAGAGGGAUAAAAAAGACCAUACAAAACUUCUGCUUGAGCAAUGGAGGAUUCCUAGUGCCAGAUCACCUUGCUUUGAAGGGUUCCUUCCCUAGUAGGAAGGAUUAGUUCUGAAGAGAUGCACAGGACAGUAAGAAAAAACUACAGUGUGCAUAUUGAGCUGGGAGGUCUGCCAGAAGCAUGCAGAGAUAAUCUGUCUUACACUCAUGCUAACUUGACAUUUUACCCUGGGAAUAACUGGAAAAACUCCACGAUGGAAUGAUAUAAUUAAUAGAUGCCAUGAACACAACAAAUUAGAGUUUUACUGAAUUGUAUUAAGUAAUCUGUGACAGGUUGUUUACACUUUGGUAGCUAUCUUUUAAGACUAUGCUUCUUACAUUAAUGUGUAUAGCUUGGAUGAUCUGGUAAUAUAUUUUAUUAGCCCCAUUGUGUCCCCUUUGCUGUAUUUGUAUUUCCCUCUCUCUUCAUGCUUUGCUAUAAACACCACCUGACUUGGGGGGAAAAAAGCAACAGAAGUGAAAAGUCAUUCAGGAGGCAAGCGUUCUAGUUAAUGAUAUGAAGCAAUAUUCAUAGGAGGAUACUGGAAUGUUGAACCGGGAAGAAAGCAAGCAGACUGCUGCGGUGCUCUACCUUCCUUGGUGUUUCGUCAGCUAUUCAGCAAAGGAGCCGUUCGGCAGACCUUUAUUCGGAAUAUGCUUGGGCCCUGCUGACUUGCCCUGUUCAUAUAGCUGUGCCUUCUGUCUCUUUUAAACAAGUGUUCAUGUACUUUGGGUGUCUGGUUAUGGGCAUGAGUGCAGAUGCAACACAGUACACUAAGCAUACUUAUGAGCAUAUUCUAAUCUAGAGGCAAGAGCAGUUGCUGAGUGCACAUACUGAAAAUACUGAUGAUUUGGAAUAUAAAGCAUAUAAGGCUUAAAGCUAGUUCUAGAGGUGAAAAUACAAGCUGCUUAGCAUACUAAUUAAACAUUCAUUAUAAAUGGCAGUAACUGUACACUAAGUGGCUCUGAAAUCAUUGGGGCAAAGAUACGCUCAGUUGUAACUCAACUUUUGCUACUGGAGUUGGUCAAGUUCAAUGAACACAGAUGGUCUCUCUAUGGGCCAUAAUCAGGCCCUGUAUAACCAAUCACACAAAAUGAUUCAUUUUAAAAUACAAAAUAGGGAGUAGAGCUGCCCUUCUUACGAAAGGCACUACUGCUUUUACAAUGUGAGUGAGGCCAAUAGUUUCUCAAAAAUGCAUAUUCCAGAAAGCAGCACUUCAGUUAGCAGCUAUUCACAUUCCAAUCAGAUUCAUUUUCAAUUUUCCAUUGAAGAUCCAUGAAUCAGUCUUGUGUUGUUUGGAAUAAGCGUAAUAAAGGAAAUUUUAAAGAUACCAAA